CGUCACUCCGUCGGCUUGCCAUCGCGAACUUUUCUAUGGCUUCGUGGUGGUGCUAGUUCCUUCGAGUCCUAAUCGCUCUCCGCAUCCCAUCCUACCCGUUGCCGUAGGGGAUCAGCCAUCGAUACCACCCCUCACUAACCCAGUGAGAGAAAUCUUAGCAUUCAAGUCCUUCCCAGUGUCAGCGUUCCGGUCGCAUUGUCGACUCCCGUUUCGCGACCGUCAUGGCGUGCCCCAUCACCGUCUCCAAGUUCGUGGGCACAGUCUCCCUUGGGCUACUCACGGGCCUGUCAUACUCUGCUUCCAGUGUCGCCAUUCCAUCCUUGAACCUUCUCCCCACUGCCACAACUGCUUCCCGCUCGCUCGGCGAAGUCAAGCGCUUGAACCGCAAGCAUGGCCUGCGCCUGACCAACAUCGCCAACGGAUGUCUCCUCUUCGCGUAUUGCCUCUCUUCCAAGCACCGCAAGCAUCCUUAUUUGAUCUGGAUGUGCGUCACAUCCACUGUUGGCUCUUAUGGUAUGGAUUACUGGUUCCACCGCCAGGACGGUGUUGUGGUCUGGAUUCAGGACGUUCUGCACGACAUGGGAUGCAGCCGCGGGACUGCUCAGAAGCAGAAGAAAGAAGAGGAUAUCGUAGUGGUUGAGGCGGAGGAGAACAUCAACGGCGAGAGUGUACAGAAGGAGAUGGACACGGAACGUCGUUUCCAGCGGGUGCGGGCCGUUUUCUCCGGUUUUGCACUCGCGAUGGGCAUCGUGGGACUUUGGGGCGAUCGUCGGCCUUGAUUAUGGACCGGAAAGGAUCCACGCUGGCAUAGGCUUCAUUUUCUCCCCUCCGUCGUUUUCGCUUCUUGAAAUGACUUCUCAUUUUUCUGUCUUAAUACGUCUUUAUUUGUUGAGUAUGCCCGUCAUGAUAUAUUCGAUGUAUGUAUCCGGGUUGAAGGAUCUGGCCUACAGGGUCUAUUGAUGAUGAUGGAGCGUUUCUUAGGUAUCUAGUUAGGGUCGGAGUUAAGAGAGUUUCUAUGAAAUUAGUGAAGCCAAA